AUGGACAGCCGGGCAGCUUGUGAGGCACGGGCUGCAGCAGCAGCAGUGGUGGCAGCGAUUCUGUGCGGUUCUGUGGUGAACGAGGAGUUGCUGGCGCUGCGCGCACACAUAGCACUGUUCCUGCCUGCCACACCGCGGGCUGCCGUCCCUCUCUGUGCGGGAGUGGUGAGCGAGGAGUUGCACCUGGCGCUGCAAGCACACAUGGCGCAGGCACUGUUCCUGCCUGCCACACUGCGGCUGCCAUCCCCCCUCGCCGUGACGGCGUUCCUGUGCGCCCUGGCCAGUGCUCAAGGGCAACUGCGAGCUCUUCUCCACCGUCUCGACUCUCGCACGACCACACAUUGGCCUGGCCUGCAUCAGGCUUGUCCUGCUAUACUGCAAGCCACAGACAUGCUUGGCCACACCUGA